AUAUUUGUAUUUACGAAAUCAUCCUUUUCUCAACAAAAUUCAAUAUCUCAAUUAUAACAUUUAGUUUUAACUACAUCUCCAAAGUCACUAAAUUACACUCUUUCAUUCUUUCUCUAAAAUGGGAUCUCAUGGUUCAUGUCCUUUGAUAAAAAAUAUUCUUCUUUUAGACUCAGAAGGAAAGAGGGUUGCAGUAAAGUACUUUUCAGAUGACUGGCCAACAAACAGUUCAAAACUAGCUUUUGAGAAGUUUGUGUUCGCCAAGACUCUUAAAACAAAUGCUCGCACAGAAGCUGAGAUAACAUUACUUGACGACAAUAUCAUUAUUUACAAAUUUGUACAAGACCUGCAUUUCUUUGUUACUGGCAGCGAUGACGAUAAUGAAAUCGUUUUAGCUUCAGUUCUUCAGGGACUCUUUGAUGCAAUCACCCUUCUGUUGAGGAAUAAUGUUGAUAAAAGAGAAGCACUAGAGAACUUGGAUCUCAUUCUUUUAUGCCUUGAUGAGAUUGUUGAUGGAGGGAUGAUACUCGAAACAAAUGGACCGCUUAUUGCUGAAAAAGUUACCUCCCACAACAUCGAUGCUGACUCUCCCUUGUCUGAGCAGACACUAACUCAAGCAUGGGCUUCAGCUAGAGAACAUUUGACAAGAACCCUUUUAAAAUGACGUUUGAACCUCCAAUCUCUGAAUGAAGAGUUUUGUUAUAUUUGAGGGACUUAUCUAUCUAGACAAUUAGUUUUAUCCUCUUAUUUGUUGUAAUCACAGAUCCCUUUUGCCCUGACACAAGGAUUAUGCAGAAGUGGUAUAUAGAAUUGAGCUAAAACUUAAUUUAGUAUGUUUGGAUAAACAACUUAAUUAAGCGCUUAUUGCAUUAA